AUGGCACCUGUCCAUGCCAUUACCCUGGACAAUGUGGAUGAGAUAGUCGAUAACCUGUACCUUGGUGGCAUUAAUGCCGCGCGCGAGACCGAAAACCUCGUGGAACAAGGGAUUUGUGCUGUCGUCUGCUGCGUCCGCGAAACAGAGUUCCCAAGCUAUGACUUCAACAAAAAGAUAGACUAUUACCGUGUCGAUGUGGAAGAUGUUUCCAUUGAACCCAUUGAGUACUUCUGGCCAGAAGCGACGCAGUUCAUAUAUGACCAUCACUCCAAGGGUCUUCCGGUCUUUGUGCACUGUCGCGCUGGUGUCUCAAGAAGUGCGUCCACUGUGAUAGCAUAUCUCAUGUGCCACCUUGGCUAUACGUUGAAGGACGCAUUCUUGCUGGCGCACAAGAAGCGCCCUGUGGUAACUCCAAAUCUGGGGUUCAUGGACAAGCUCAGUGAGCUUGAGAAGUCCAUAAAGGGCAAGUCAAGCAUCGACUUGUUCAAGUACGAGAGCUGGUGGAGUGGCUCCCACAUGGCUGAAGUUCCGGAUGUUGGAAUUGAAGAUGAAGUCACACCGGAAGCUGAAGUAGAGACACCCAAGCUUCCUGAAUCCGGCACCAUGCCUCGGGUCUCCAGUGCAGCCCAGAAGCUUCACGCUGCCUCUCGAAAGUUGAGGGUUCUGAGGGCCAUGGCGAACCCGGAGCAUCGUAAGCAGGUUCAGCUGGACAUCCCCAAUCUCUCUGAUCCGGUGCAUGAGGCCCGAUUGGAGAGAAUCCGCUCGCUCCUGAUUCGUCAAGCGGCUCACGACCCGGAGCUUGGUUACUGCCAAGGUAUGCACCUUAGCGCAGCCGUCUUCGUAGCCGCGUCGGAGUCCCAGGCGGAGGCCUACUGGCGCUUUCAUGCCUUCACCACUGCAGUGCGCGGCCUCUGGCUGGGCGAUUUCCCUCUCCUACGGAGUGGCUGCGCUUGCUUUCAGGACCCCAGAUCUUCACUGGUGGGGGGGAGGCUUCAGGCUUUGGGCGGUAUAGUUCGGGGGUUAGGGUUUAGAAAUUUCAGCCUUUUCAGGGUAAAGUAA